UCAUCUGCCCUGUGUGUGCGCUAUCUCUGUUUGGCUCACGUGCAACCAACGGGCAACGGCCUGCCAUAGACCCGAGAAACGAGAAGCUAAUUGAAUUCGCGCUCCCUAAAGAGGAGACUGACAGCUCUUCACCAACACAGAGACCGUGUGCAUAGCGCAGAAAAUAAGAGCACAGUGCUACAAGAGCGCAGAAUAGACGUCAACUUUAACACCAACACCGCACCGUCCGUCGACAACUGCAGCACCAAGCGAGAAAGGCAAAGCAGACAGCACCAGGCCAGCAGCAGGCUUCUUUUCAGCGAUUCGUUUUGAAUGAAUGUGGGAAGAGAGGGAACGUUUGAGGGGACAUAAUCGUAAAAUAUGAACAACUUCAUUUGCCGUUUCUUGUUGGAUUGACUUGGUGGUGAAGUUGCGAGGAAGCGAGGUGCGAUCGAAGCGCUGCAGACAGACCGUCCCCGACAGUGUGCUUAUGUACUGAGAGGUGAUUGGUGGGAAUGGUGUGAAGCAGAGAGCGAAACAUAAAGGCCGGCGAGGCUCCGCCCCUUUUGGGAUCGGGUUUCCAAAGCAACAUCAUUCGGUCGCGAUGCCGUUGCGCGAUGGUAUUGGUGAACCGGGCCGUUCGCAGAGCUGGUUGGCUUAGUGGUGGACAAACUGGUUGAUUGCCAGUUGUAUGACAGUCGUAGAACCGCACGCACGUAAUCGUAGUUGACGGAAGAUCCCUUACUCUCGCCGCUUUCCAUAGAGUUUUGUGUUGUUUUGCGCCUAUAGAGGGUGACGUUUGUUUCGAUGUGGCCCCAAUUGUUGUCGCAGCCGUCGAUGUUGUUGUCCGUUGUGUCGUAGGGAAUGAGUGGAGAUCGUGUGACGUGCCCCGGGAGAUAAGAAGAAUAUCGAUUUUCUUUGGCUCGGACGUGUUUCGGAGUUGAAGUUGCGUGAAAUUAUACCUUGAAAGGUGACACUUUAAGAAGUUGAGCAAAGAAGAGUGGUAAAUUUGCUGGUAGAAGUGUGAUAGUGCCAUUCUAGAAGAAAUUCGGAUAGCAGUGUUAAAGUGCUUGUACAAUACCGAGUUGGCUGAUGUGUGGGAACGUUUAGACCAAGGACAGUUAAGAUAUAUGUUAAAAUCAUCAGGAAUGACUGUAACUCCGAUACGUAUGGCGAUGACCAGCCCGACGGUUCCCGCGCAACAGAAGAGCGCCUCGAGGAUCAGUAACUUUAGUGUGGCGUCACUAUUGGCCGAUACGCGGCCAAAGACGCCAUCGAAUGUGUCGGCUGUUACGGAAGUGCUAUUACCGGCUAAUCUUUCGCACGCGAGUAGUUCGCCACGAUCAGCGCAUGAUAGUGGAUCGAUUAAAAAUGACCUGGACCGAUCGGACACCCCUCACAGCCUGCUGGAGUCGGACGAUUACGAUUCAAACCAGGAGGACUCGAUAGUUGACAUUGAGGAUAUCAAUAAUGAAAAUAGUAGUUCGCAGCCGGAUCUACCGGAUAAGAGUUCACCAGCACUCCUGCAGCAAUCGGCAGCACUGGCAGCCGCCGGACAUGUUCCUAUCCGACCCACACCAUUCAGCGCCCUGGCCGCAGCAGCUGCGGCAUGGGGUGGCAUGAGCGGUGGUAUGCCCUGGCCGGCAGCCGCAGCGCGACAGAUGCCCCCGUUCGGUCCACCCGGUCUGUUUCCCGGACAGGGCUUCGGAUCGGGACAAUUAGGUGGAGCUUGCAGACAGCUUGUUGCACUCUUUGAUAACGAACCCCCACGCAUCAAGUGCAACCUCCGGAAGCACAAACCAAACCGAAAGCCCCGGACCCCUUUUACUACCCAGCAGCUCCUGUCGCUGGAGAAGAAGUUCCGGGAAAAGCAGUACCUCAGUAUAGCCGAGCGGGCCGAGUUCAGCUCGUCGCUCCGACUCACCGAAACCCAAGUCAAAAUCUGGUUCCAGAACCGGCGGGCGAAAGCGAAACGACUCCAGGAGGCCGAGCUGGAAAAGAUCAAAAUGGCAGCCCUCGGACGAGCACCCGGCGCCCAGCUGUACAUGGGCUACUUCCACCCGAGCCUGAUGGGCGGGGCGAUGCAUUUAGGUUGAAGCCAACUCACACCCUGCCCUCCGCAUCCUCAUCAACAGUAGGACUGUCGUGUUCCAAAGCAAGCAACCAUCCUGUUCUGUGAAUAUUAGCCUAUAGGAUCUCGCGUAUUUUGUAAAAAGUAUCUCGAACAACAAAACCAAAUUAUUACUAUACAGCACUUUUCUCCUGCCCUACGGUUUACCUUCGGAGGAAAACGAGUCUCUCUCACCCUAAAACUAAAAAGAAAGGGUCUUUCAAAUAUGUAAAUGAAGAUAUGUAGCAAAAGUUCCCACAAACCAGACUCGUUAGGGCUCAAUCCACUCUAUUUAUUACCACUUCCACCCCAAAACUAUUCAUUUCUGCAGGCUUCAGUUGAAAACUCCCCGUUCUUCCUAUCCAAAAAAGCAAUUCAGACGCUCUCUCGUUGUUGUUUGCCUUCAUCAAAAUGCGAGCGCAAACUCCAAAAAAUCAUUCGGCGAGCGAGGCCAUUCGCGCGAGUGCCAGCCUGUAAAUAUUAGUCCAAUCAGCCAAAAAGAGGAGGAAAACGGUUCGAAAAACAAUUAAUUUCAGGCACUUGGCCCGUCCGUCACUUCGGGCCUCAUAUGAAUCCGAUGCUUUUGUAAAUAUUGACAUUCACGAGAUGAGCACCGCGAGUGAGGUUAUUAUCUGGCUUAAUUAUUGUCAAACAUGCGGGAGACGCGUGAGAGUUGACACAGAAGAACUGAACGCCAGGCCCCACCAGAGAUGGGCCAAGGAACUGAAACCCAAACCCAAAGCCGUGGGGACAAACUUGUAUGUGUAAAUAAAGUCUCUGUAAAUCCUAAUCGACGGAAUAACCGAGGAAACCGUGCGCAGAAUCGUUUUGUAAAUAUAGUUUGUAAGACAGGAAACGUUAGGAGCAAGAAGCAAUUGCAGUUGUCGACUGUGCCACGUGUAAUUUAAAACCGGAGUUUGAUUUGUUGGAAGAAUCAGAUAAAGCAAAUAAUUACUGUACGUCUUCUAGGAUAAGGCUAAACUUAAUGAAUACUGUAUUGUAAAUGAAUGGAAGAAAGUCGAAAAAGCCGCAAAAGUUUAUCGGUAGAAAAGAGACAAGAGACACAAAAUGAUUGAAAUAAGAUCAACUCUUGAAAGGUACAAUAAAACAAUGUCACAAAUAAUCGAAAAAUGUGUAGAAGUCUUCGUCUUUUGAAAGAAAUAUACCUAGAGCGUAUUGCGCUAGAUAUUGCGUCUCUGAUUCGCCUACCGUCUACCCUCGUUGGUUUGACCUCAUGUAAUCUGAACACUUUUUAGUUUGAACCCCUCUAAUCUGCACAUCGUUCA